AUGUACUUUGACCAUGUACUGCAGCUAACUCGUGCAUGGUCUCUCAUCUUUCUCAUCUAUGCUUUGAACUCAUUAAUAAUGCAGCUCUGCCUCACCUCGGGAACCUCUUCACACAAUAUUCGACUAUCCCUGCAUGGACUAUAUCCUAAAGAAAAAAGCGAAAAGGGCGAACAAGUGAAGAAGGAAACGAGACCUAUACCUCUACCUCGACCGAGCUAUCCGAAAGCUACUCAUGAUUCUCUCGCGAUCCGUACAAUUGUCGUAUCAGGAAUCUCUGCGGAAAUAGACACGAAAAGUUCGCUGAUACAGUCGUGCAGCACGAGGAAUAUCCCAUUCAAUACCUCACAGCAGGACCUUCGUGCCUUGUUCCUUCCUUACGGCCCUAUCUACUCUAUACACAUUAAUCCUCUCGAAACCAAUACCGACGACACUAACGUUACCAACGACGGAGAGGAGCCGUCUCCAACAAUCGAAUUCUCAACCAAGAUCACAAUUCCGAACCCGAGGAUUCGCGUUCGUUUGGAUCCAAUUACAGCUGAACACCCAUGUGCGGACGCUCUCCGUGUUCUCCUUUGGGCGAACAACAACCCGAGUGUUGCCGAACUUUGGGAGGAGUGGUGGAAGGAGGAAUUAGUGGCAUUGUUACAGGCGGAGAAAAUUAGACCGGAGAAUGAAAAGGAGGAGUCGAGGAUCAAGAGAGUCGAAGGGGAAAUCGAGAAACUUGAGAGUGGUGGUGGUGGUGGUACUGUGCCGAAGAAAAGUAGAGGCACGCUGAUAGUGGACUUUUCAAUUGAGAAUGUACAGGUUGUGCGACGAAGAAGGGUGAUGCAGGAUGAACAGAGGAAUGCUGAUGGGACACAAAAGAGGGAUCCAAAGAAUGCGACGGCGGUCCCUUCUCAAACUUGA